AUGGCCACCAAGGAUGCAGUCCCUGUUAUUGAAGCCCCCGAUGCAGAGAAGCAGGGGGUCACAAUGGCAAUGGACGAAGCUGCUCAGUACCUGACCCACAACGCUGGAGUCGACCCAUUGUCCCCAGAGGAAGAGCGAAAGAUGAUACGCAAGAUGGAUUGGAUUCUGCUGCCGAUGCUGUUCCUUACAGCGACUCUGGGUGCCGUGGACAAGGUCGCCCUUAGUACCGCCGCCAUCUAUGGCUUGAAGACCGAUCUCAACCUUGUCGGCCAGCAGUACUCGUGGGCUGGGUCUAUCCUGUCCCUGGGAGCUAUUGUGGGAAUGUGGCCAUCCACCUACCUAGUCCACCGUCUCCCGUCUGCCAAAUACCUCUGCGCGUGCUCGGUCGGAUGGUCCGCCAUGGCACUUCUCAUGCCAGUUUCCCGCAACUGGAGCGGGCUAAUGGCGUUGAGAUUCUUUAUGGGAUGUCUUGAGGCAAUCAUCGUCCCGUCGAUCUCUCUUAUUAUCGCCGGAUUCUAUCGCAAGUCGGAGCAGCCUCCUCGCAAUGCUCUCGUGUUUGCAGCUGCAAGCUCAAUCGUCAACGGGUUUCUAUCGUGGGCUGUCGGCCAUAUCCCGUCCAGCGCACCUCUGUCAAUCUGGCAGUACCUCUUCCUGAUUACAGGCUCCGUCUCCGCAAUCUGGUCCAUCAUCGCCUUCAUCUUCCUCCCCGACUCCCCCAUGAACGCCUUCUUCCUCACCGAGCGCGAGAAAUACCACGCCGUGCAGCGUCUCGCCGAAAACAAAACGGGAAUCACGAACCGGCAGUGGAAAUGGGAUCAGGCGUUCGAGGCCGUCAUCGACCCGAAGACGUGGAUCCUCUUCUUCUUCAACAUCGCCAUCAACAUCCCGAAUGGAGGUCUGACGACGUUCAGCGGGAUCAUCAUCAAUAACCUCGGUUUCUCGCCUGUGAAUACGUCGCUGCUGAAUAUGCCGACAGGGGUCAUGUCGACACUGUCGGCGUUUAUCUUCUCGUGGAUUGCGGCCAAGUGGGAAAAUCGCCGGUGCCUGGUUACGAUGCUUGCGUCUUGUGUUCCGGCCAUUGGUGCUAUUAUCGUGUAUACCCUGCCGCGAACGAAUAUCGGUGGCCAGAUGGUUGGUAUUUACUUGUUAUACACCUACUUCGGCCCCUACGUCGUCGGAAUAUCCAUGUCGCAGGCCAACACAGCAGGCAACACCAAGAAAACCGUACAGUAUUCCAUCCUAUACAUCGGCUACGCCGUCGGAAACCUCAUCGGACCGCAGACGUUUCGCGAGAGCCAAGCACCGGCAUACACUGGUGGUUUUGCCGCCAUGUUGGCUUGCUACUGUGCCUGCGUUGUCUUGAUUGGGAUCUAUUGGGUUAUUGCGCUCACGUUGAAUCGGAAACGAACGGAUGGUGUCCCGCCUGCUGGGGAGGAGGAUUUGGUGGAUGCAUUUGCUGAUAAGACGGAUUUCCAGCAGAGGAAUUUCAAGUAUACCACAUAAGUUAUAUAUAGUAUCUAGGUCUGGGCUGGCCUGGCAAUAAUGGCGAGUUAGGAAGGUUGUUUGGGCA